AUGGAUAUCGACGACCUACUCGCCGAAGUCGCAGUCGACUCGACGCCCCAGGAGUCAAGAGACUUGCAGGAGCUGACGAGGGCGUGGGUUGCGGAACGUACGGCGCCGGAGAUUCUGAACUGGCCGGAGGAGUUGAUGGAGCGGGUGCUAGAGAGGAUCAGACGGCAGAUUGAGCUUGUGGAAGACCAGACGGGGAAUAUGGAUCCGAAGACGAAUUUCAAACUCAUUGUUAUUCAGACGGAACUUGAGCGGUUCAAGUUUCUGGUCAGGAGUUUCUUGAGGGCGAGAUUGAAGAAGAUUGACGAGCACCCUCUGCACAUUCGCGCGCAACACACUGCUUCCCUCGAUACCAUGCAGUCACUUCUUUCGCCAUCCGAGCUACAGUAUCUCACAUCACAUCAGGCGCUUCUCUCGCAACAUUACUCAACCUCCUUCCUGUCACAAUUUCCAGCGUCAUUACAACGAUUGGACGACACAACAGGCGGCAUUAGCAUGGUAGACAAGCCGGACGAAGACAAAGCCGUGUUUGUCCGAGCGCUCAGAGACAUCGGAACAGUGUUCAUUGAAGGCACGGACCGCCGCCUUGAAGUCAAGCGAGGCGAUGUAUGGGUAGUGCGGUGGAGUGCGGUAAGGAAAUGGGCUGUUGGCAGUGGAACCGGUGACGUAGAGCUCAUCUGA